AUGCGCUGCACAGCCGAGGAGCAACUUACCUACAAGCGGAAAAAAGGUGGCCUUGUGGAUCCGACCAGCAAUACGAUGCAGCAACUACAGGCAGAUACCACGGGUCUCCAAAGCAGCCAUCAGGCAGUACAGAUUCCAGAGGUCCUCGAGGCGGAUGUGGGUGCCAUGUCUAUCGGGUGCAGGCUCCCUCUUACGGCUGCAAAAAAGCUGGAACACCACAUAAGUGACACAGGUCAGAACCUCACCGGACCGGACCUUCAGACUCUGGCACAACAUGAUCCAGCUCCCAACCGCCACGAUGCAAAAGCAGAGACCGGGCGCUUGCGCAAUCCUCAGGGCACUACCGGAGUAGACCUUGCAUUUCUAGAUAACCCACCCAUGUUAUUUUCAGUUAUGUGA